GUGCUGUGUAAUGGACCAGGAACAUGUGUUCCCAUCUGUGUGUCUGCCCUGCUCCUUGGGAUACUUGGAAUAAAGAAAGUGAUCAUUGUCUACGUUGAGAGCAUCUGCCGAGUGGAAACUUUAUCCCUGUCUGGGAAGAUUCUCUUCCACCUCUCUGAUUACUUCAUUGUGCAGUGGCCGGCUCUCAAGGAGAAGUACCCCAAAUCUGUGUACCUUGGGCGAAUUGUUUGACAAAUGGCAACUUCAGAGUCUUGAGAAUUUUACAAUUACCAAUAAUGUUUACUAUAAUAUCUGUCUUUAUUGUAAAGUUUUCCAAAAGCCCAAAGAAUUAUCAAUGGUGAAGAGUUUAAAGUGUUCGGAUAAUGCAAUGAAGAAAGAAAGACAACCAUUAGCACAGAGUGCCCAUCGAAUCUGCACACUAACAUAUUUUUCUAAAUAAAAGUAUGUAACACUGCAGGUUUUCUUUUGA